CCUGAGAUUCUGAGAGAGACGGUGUCACUUCGCUUACCCAAGAAACCAACCGUUUUCACUUUCAGACCUCCUCCCCCUUACACCCCAAUCCCAUCCGUCGGACAGAUCACAUCCGAGGAUCUUUCUCGAUUCUGUCUGUAUUCGGGUUCGCAACGAUCACAGUCAUAAUCGGCAAUGUCGAGCCCUAGACCAGCUCCACAAGUGUUACAUUCACCCCAAGACUCUUGGGACUCCAUGCUUCCGGGCCCUCCGAGCCGCAAUAACUUCGGAUCCUCUGACCUCAGCCCCUCCGGCCUCCUCGCCUUCCCCUCUGGCAGCUCCAUUUCUGUCCUCGACUCUCGCUCUCUCCAGCUUGUUUCUACUCUCCCCCUCCCUGUUCCCUCCACUUCUUCCAAUCCUCUCUCCCCAUUCGUUACCUCCGUCCGCUGGACUCCUCUCCCCCUGCGCCGCGACCUCCUCUCCACUGAACCUUCCUCCUCCCACCUCCUCCUCGCUGCUGCCGACCGUCAAGGUCGCAUCUGUCUUCUCGAUUUCCGUUCCAGAUCUCCGGUCCUCUGGUUCGAAACUGAUCCCGCUUCCAAAUCCGGCGUCCAGGAUCUCUGUUGGGUCCAGGCCCGAUCUGAUUCCUGCCUCCUCGCCGCCAUCAACGGUCCCUCCACUCUCUCCCUCUACAACAUCUCCUCCGGCCGCUGCGUCUUCCGGUAUGAAGCCGCGCCCGAGUUCCUCUCCUGUCUCCGCCGUGAUCCUUUUGAUUCUCGCCACUUCUGCGUACUCGGCCUCAAGGGCUUCCUCUUAUCCGUCAAAGUCCUCGGCGAGACCGAGGAUGAUAUAAUUCUCAGGGAGCAUCAGAUCCCCACUGAUUGCGCCGAAUUGCAGAAAUUGGAGAGAGAUGCCGUCGCCUCCACUAACGGUUCCAAUUCAUCGUCGCCGGCUUCGGCGGUGUUUCCGCUUUACAUGGUCAGGUUCGCGUUCUCGCCGCAGUGGAGGCACAUUGUUUUCGUGUCAUUCCCGAGGGAAUUGGUGGUGUUCGACAUGAAGUACGAGACCGCGCUCUUCACCACUGCGCUGCCUCGUGGCUGCGGCAAGUUUCUUGACGUCUUGCCCGAUCCGAAUAAGGACCUACUUUAUUGUGCUCAUCUUGAUGGGAAGCUCAGUACUUGGCGCCGUAAAGAACGAGAGCAGAUACACAUAAUGUGCUCAAUGGAAGAGUUGAUUCCCUCGAUAGGCACAUCUGUCCCUUCUCCUUCAAUUCUUGCUGUAAUCAUCUGCCAAUCAGAUUCUACCUUCCAAAAUGUUGGCAAGCUCUAUUCUGAUGUACCUCAUUCUUCUUCUCCAGAUGUGGAUUUUGAUACACCUUUUGAUUUUUGUGAUGAACCGCUUCUUGUUUCUAAGACACAUUUAAUCUCCAUUUCUGAUGAUGGAAAAAUUUGGAACUGGCUCUUGACUGCUGAAGGGGCUGAAAGCAUGCAGAAGGACAAUACAAACUUGGGCUUGGUUGCUGAUGUUAGUGAAGCACCAGUUCCAGAGACCAAUGCUAGCAUUGUAGUUUCUUCUACUGGUGGACCUGCGAUGGAAGCAGGUAAGCAACUGAAGUGUUUGGAUGGUAGCAGAAGCGGCCCGUCAAAUUCUACCUUGGAAGAUAUGUCAUUUAAGAUUAGCUUAGUUGGACAGCUUCAGCUUCUUUCUUCGACUGUGACCAUGCUUGCCGUACCUUCCCCUUCUUUAACAGCUACUUUGGCCCGUGGGGGAAACUAUCCUGCUGUAGCUGUUCCACUGGUGGCUUUGGGAACUCAGAUUGGGACAAUUGAUAUCAUUGAUGUUUCUGCCAAUUCUGUUGCUGCAAGUUUUUCUGUUCAUAAUGGAAUGGUUAGAGGAUUACGGUGGCUUGGAAAUUCUAGACUGGUCUCAUUUUCUUACAGUCAGGUGAAUGAAAAAUCCGGAGGCUAUAUCAAUAGGCUUGUUGUUACCUGUACUAGAAGUGGCCUGAAUAAAACUUUUCGGGUUUUACAAAAGCCAGAACGCGCGCCCAUAAGAGCUUUAAGGACUUCUUCAUCUGGAAGAUAUCUUCUAAUUUUGUUUCGUGAUGCGCCUGUAGAGGUUUGGGCAAUGACCAAAACACCCAUCAUGCUUAGAUCAUUAGCUCUCCCCUUUACGGUAGUGGAAUGGACUCUUCCGACAGUUCCACGGCCUUCUCAAACUGGAUCUUCUAGGCAAUCAUCAUCAUUAUCUAGAGAUCGUACAGAUUUGGCAUCAGAUGGGGCAUCUAUGCCAACGCAGAUAUCAUCUUCAGAUUCUAAGGCAGUGAGCUCAGAUGGAUCUCAAGAUGACACUUCUGAAAGUUUUGCAUUUGCGCUGGUAAAUGGUGCACUUGGGGUUUUUGAGGUUCAUGGGCGAAGGAUCCGAGACUUCAGACCAAAAUGGCCUUCUUCCUCAUUUGUGUCAUUUGACGGAUUGAUUACAGCCAUGGCAUACCGCUUGCCUCAUGUAGUCAUGGGGGACAGGUCGGGGAACGUAAGGUGGUGGGAUAUAACAACUGGACAUUCUUCCUCAUUUAAUACCCAUAGAGAAGGAAUCAGGCGAAUCAAAUUCUCACCUGUUAUUGCUGGAGACCAUAGCCGAGGGCGUAUUGCUGUACUAUUUUAUGACAAUACAUUUUCUGUAUUUGAUCUUGAUUCACAGGACCCAUUAGCCAAUUCUCUUUUACAACCUCAAUUUCCUGGAACCCUAGUACUGGAGCUUGACUGGUUGCCUUUGCGAACUGAUAAAAAUGACCCUCUGGUAUUGUGCAUUGCUGGAGCUGAUAGUAGUUUUCGCCUUGUUGAAGUUCAUACAAACGACAAAAAACUUGGCUAUGGACCCCAGUCCAGAAAUAUUAAAGAGAGAUUCCGGCCAAUGCCCCUAUGUUCUCCCAUUCUACUUCCUACACCACAUGCCCUGGCUCUGCGAAUGGUAUUGCAAUUGGGUGUAAGGCCCUCAUGGUUUAAUACAUGCAGUACAACUCUAGAGAAAAGGCCACACCUAAUUCCAGGGACUGCUUUAUACUCGGGAGAUCUUCGCAAUUACAUGAUUGAGUUACCUCCUGUUGGUGACUCUGUGGUGCCAGAGAUGCUCCUAAAAAUAUUAGAACCUUACCGAAAAGAAGGCUGCAUACUUGAUGAUGAGAGGGCAAAAUUAUAUGCUAAGGUGGUGAAUAAAGGUUGCUCUGUGAGGCUUGCGUUUGCAGCUGCAAUAUUUGGUGAAUCUUCCGAAGCAUUUUUCUGGCUGCAGUUGCCCCAUGCUCUCAAGUAUUUGAUAAAUAAAUUAGUAAAUAAGUCUCCACAGAACCCCCAUGUAGCAGCAUCAAAUUCUGAGCUCGAUGACACCGCUAUACUGAAGAGGAUAACAUCAAAGGAGCGAUCGAUGCCUGGAACAAGGAAGAAGGAUGCGCUUAGUCACGGUCAACUUAGGUUGAUGGCUUUUGAGCAAGAAGAGCUGUGGGAAACUGCUAAUGAGCGUAUUACAUGGCAUGAGAAAUUAGAGGGAGAAGAGGCUAUUCAGAAUCGUGUACAUGAGCUUGUCUCAGUUGGAAACUUAGAAGCUGCAGUUAGUUUAUUGCUUUCCACUCCUCCUGAGAGCUCUUACUUCUAUGCAAAUGCUCUACGUGCAGUUGCCCUUUCAUCUGCUGUGUCAAGGUCUCUUCUUGAACUGGCAGUUAAGGUUGUUGCAGCCAACAUGGUCAGGACUGAUAGGUCACUAUCUGGUACUCAUCUUCUCUGUGCUGUCGGAAGGUAUCAGGAAGCUUGUUCUCAGCUACAAGAUGCUGGCUGCUGGACAGAUGCUGCAACUUUAGCUGCUACACAUUUAAAGGGGUCUGAUUAUUCAAGGGUGUUACAAAGGUGGGCUGGGCAUGUUCUUCAUGCUGAACACAACAUUUGGAGGGCUUUGAUUUUGUAUGUUGCAGCUGGUGCACUUCAAGAGGUAUUGGUAGCACUUCGUGAGGCACAACAACCAGACACAGCUGCCAUGUUCAUCCUUGCUUGUCGUGAAAUCCAUGAAGAAAUAAUUGCUAAUCUAGUGAAUUCAGAUGAUGACUCAAGUUCUUUGACGAAGGAUAAGCUGCGUCACUUGCCCGGUUUGGACCCAGAUAAUGAAGAUGUUAUUGCAGUAGGUGAAUUUUAUGGGGAAUACCAGAGAAAAUUGGUGCAUCUGUGCAUGGACUCUCAACCAUUCUCUGAUUGAUAGGACUAGGCUUGGUUAUCUGCCUCCAAGUUUCUCAUCCAUACAAUUGUGUCUACAGAGAAAACUGGAAAAUGUGUUGCCAGAUGGAUUCGGAAUCAAAAAGAUGACUUUGGGUUUGAAAGAAGGUAGUUGGCAGUGAUGAUAUGGAGCCAACUUGAGAGGGGAUUUACCAGUCAUUAUAGAAACCGUCUAUGGUUGAAUACUGAAAUUUAGCUGACUGGCUCCUGUCGAAGUUGUUUGUUGUAGGCAUCACGGUGAGGUUGAUUGUAUUGUUGUAACUGACAUAAAAUUUUGUCAGCAAAGAAUGUUCACAUUCGUUGUAUGGAUGGUAGGAUUGUCAUAGUGAUGUCAUUCAUUUUUCUUUACAGAGAAUUUCAAUGUUAUUACUUGAUUUUGAACAA